AUUUGCAAGUGCCAAUUUAUCUUAAAUUAUACGAGAGUGGGGUAGUUUGCUGUGUCUACAGUCCAUAGUCAAUAUGCUUCGACUUAUUGCGAGUUGGACUGGGGUCUCCGUAAUAGCCGGUGUACUUGCAACGAGUCGUGAAAAUGUAUUUUUCAUUUUCACUUUUAUUCUUAGUUUUUGUUAAUGCUGUAUCAGCCCAAUGGAAGCCGCAUUACGUAAGUGGACACGAGGGGAUUGUUCAUCUUUUUGAAUGGAAAUACAAUGACAUUGCAAAUGAAUGCGAAACUUUUUUGGGGCCAAAAGGAUACGCUGGAGUUCAGAUAUCUCCUGUUCAAGAAAAUGUAAUAAUUGACGGGCGACCUUGGUGGGAACGUUAUCAACCAAUUUCGUACUUGUUGACUACAAGAUCGGGCGAUGAGGCAGCUUUUAAAGACAUGACGAGACGCUGCAAUAUUGUCGGAAUUAGAAUCUACGUGGAUAUAUUGUUAAAUCACAUGACCCAAGAUCAUAGCAUUAAUAUUGGCACUGGUGGAUCUACUGCUGACCCAAUAUCUAGAGAAUAUUACUCUGUCCCUUACUCAAGAAGCGAUUUUCACGCACCCUGCAGUAUUAAUGAUUAUCAAAACGCUACGAAUGUCAGAAACUGUGAAUUAUAUAGCCUGCAUGACUUGGAUCAAAAAAAUACUCACGUUAGAAAUGAGAUCGUUAACUUGAUGAACAAGCUCAUCGAAGCUGGUGUGGCUGGAUUCCGAAUUGAUGCUGCGAAGCAUAUGUGGCCUCGAGAUUUAAUGGCCAUAUUCUGCAGUUUAAAUAAUCUAAAUACUAAUCACGGAUUCCGCCUUGGUAGUCGUCCUUUCAUCUACCAGGAAGUGAUUGACAACGGAGGCGAAGCAAUCAGCAAUACCGAAUACACUCCCCUUGGUAGAGUAACAGAGUUUAAGCACAGCUUGAAAAUCAGUGAUGCAUUUACUGGCAAAAUCCAGUUGAAAAACCUGACUAACUGGGGGCUGAAAUGGGGUUUUCUUCCGAGCAAAUAUGCUUUUGUAUUUGUUGACAAUCACGAUAACCAACGGGGUCACGGAAGUGGUGGAGAAAUUCUCACCUACAAAAAUCCGAGGAAGUACAAGAUGGCUGUAGCUUUUAUGUUGACCCAAACGUAUGGCAUUCCUCGCGUGAUGAGUUCAUUCGCCUUCGAUAAUACAGAUGCUGGACCGCCAGCAGAUGAGCUAGGAAACAUUAUUUCCCCAAUUUUCAACCCUGACCUCAGCUGCGCUAAUGGAUGGGUCUGCGAGCAUCGUUGGCAUCAGAUUUAUAGCAUGAUUAAUUUUCGAAAUGUAGUGACGGGAACAGCUAUCAGUAACUGGUGGGACAACGGCAGUAAUCAAAUAUCAUUCUGCCGUGGGAAUUCGGGGUUCAUUGCAAUUAAUGCGGACAGUUGGAGUCUUCAGGUAAAUCUUCAAACUUGUCUGCCAGCCGGUAUAUACUGUGAUGUGAUAUCAGGCAACGUAGAGAAGAGAAGGUGCACAGGGAAAACGGUCAUCGUCAAUGAUUGUGGGAUGGCUUACAUAGAAAUUUUAACUAACGACGACGAUGGCGUUUUGGCUUUACACGUGAACGCGAGGGUCCGUGUAGAAUAGUAGCUGAGAAUCAAAGAUCUUUACACUUGUUACCUUGUUCUCAUCCUUCUUUGGGCAAAAUUCAAACAAUGGUGGCAAAUGGAAUAAUCAUUGAUCCAAAUUUUUACAAAUAGUAGAUACAAUAACGAAUCAAACGUAUAAGGGUGUCAGAUUCGCACUUUAUUGCAUUGACGUUUUUCAAACCGUUCCCCGAGCCUCCCCGUUUUCCAGUAAUUCAUAUUGCACCGGGUUCCGACAGCAUUUACAAAAAAACAACUGCUCCAAAUUUUUUUUUUUUCAAACUGGGAAAUUUUAAUUUAUUAAAACUUAAAACGAAGUACAUUAAAUUUAUUGAUCACUUCUAAAUCAAAUCAGCAGACAGAAUUACGUGAUACCAAAGAACGUGUGAAUUGAUAUAAUAAUUACAUGUGGUUAUUGUAUUGUCCUCCCAGAAAAGAAUAUAAUUAUAAAUAGUUUUCUCCAUUUUUAUUGUACAUUAAUUAACGAAUGAAUAAUCGAGGAACAGAUUCCAUCCCAAGACGCACUUGCUAACAGAGCAUAACUGCCUCAAGUGGAUCCCUCGAAUUCAGUGAGCAAUUCCAAUCACAUCCAAAGCUUACCUACAGCAACACUAGAUUUUCUUAGGGCCCUGUAAUGGUUAGUACAAAAUAUAAAACAAGGAGACAAACAUAAAAAAGAAUUCUUGGGAUUAGCAGAUCACUCAAUACUUUGGUCUACAAAUUUAAUCAACAUAUAAAGAGAGAAAUACCGAAGCCUUCUCAAUCCAGAAGAAAACUAGCGACGAGAUACGACAUGGGCCUGAAAUCUGAACCUCUUAGUUUAUUAUCAAGUUUUAUACGUUUUGUGUAGUAAAUAUAGUAUCAUAGUAUGUAUGUUCUCUUGUAUGAAAUAAUAGAAUAUUUGUAUAUAAUAUAUAUGUUUGGAUAGAUGAAGA